GCCAAAAACUGUCAGAUACCCACCACUUUCAUAUCUGUUGGGGAUUGUUAGUUUUGGGAAUUUGUUCAGAAAAUCUUCAAAUACAAUUUUAUAUGUUCAAUUAUUAAUUUGAAUACUAAUUUUAAUAUUAUUAUUCAAAUUAGUUUUGUUUUGGGCUUUCGGCUGAUAGUGAUGAACAGAUAAUUCAAAUAAUUGUAAAAAAAAAAAAAAAAAGUAUGAGAAAUUAUAUUAAAACAAUCAUUAAAAGGAAAUUAUUCACGUCAAAGUUCUGUCUCCCAAAUAUGAUUUAAGACAUUGCAAUGCAGUUUGAUAAAUCCCAACAACAGACUUGACAAAAGAAAGUUGUGAGCUUCCAUGUCAAAAGCAUCUCUGGUGUCUAAAAGCACUAACAUAGACACAUUUUCCAGGGUGAAAAGGCCACAGAUAAUUUAAAACGCUUCAGUUGAGAGACGUGCUUUAAAACCUGAUUGAAAAACGUUCUUAAUAACAUUGCCUUAAAAUGACUUCUGCUGAAUAAAGAUGGUUUUAGUUGGAAGAAUACAAAACUAAUUUAUUGGUGUCUGAAAAUUGUCCCUGUUUAAUAAUGGUUUUCCAUUAUGGAUACUUUAAUUCAGCUGAUGACUGAGACGGUGAAAAGCAGAAAAAAAAAAUAAAUUAAAAAACCCUUAUAAACUUUAAUUCUCAAGAAUUUUGUUAAACAAACCCUUACUGGUCAGUGCUGUCAUUCAGGAGAAACCGAAGUUGGCGAAAUUUGGGUUAAAUAUCCAAUUCCUCUGACUUGAGUUGAAACAGAGAUACCAGGUAUUGGCAGAAACCUGAUUUGUCUGCUGAACUUGUAUAUUUUCUCCAGAUCACCUGCACAUUACAGACAGCACAGACCAAAUAAUGCCGAGGCAGAGCUGCCUGCGUCGUUUUUAUGAAAGUUGUGCCUCUUCAUACGUCAAUGUCAAAAUUCAGGCAGCUUGAUUUCUUUUUUUCUUUUUUUUUAAUCACUUUCAAACACUCAGUAUUCAUUCAGAUACUGAAUCAAAUAAAGAGACUCAUCCUGUCGCUGUGGCUUGCAUGCAUUGAAAAACACACAAAUGCUUCAUGGCAUCAUGUUGCUUCAUUGCAUAAUCAACUUCAUUAAGAAGCAAAUGCGAAAUGAAACUUGUUUGUUUAAUCGCCUCGAGACAGGCAAACCAUAAUUAUGAUGAUUACCACACACUUAAAAUGGCAUAAUUGUAAUAAUUAGUGAAGUGAGAGCUCAACCCCAUGUCCCAUUUUUUUUUGUUUUUACAGCGAAGCAUUAGCUUAGUUUCAACUGUUAUUGUUGCACAUCUUACAAAAUGUAUUUUUUUUAAAUGAUGACUUUUGCUCUAAUGGCAGAACAUAAACAAUUUCUGAAAAGUUAUUGGGAUAAAAAUGUGAUGCAAAUACAAAUUGAUAAGUAUUUCCCCAAAGCUAUCAUGUGUCAUCAAAUGUCAUGAACAAAACACAGACUAAUGAUGUCAUUUUCCCCCUCAUCCCAUUCUCUCCUUCUUCGUGUGUUUUAUGCUUUUCUGCAUUGGCAGGAUUAUUUGAUCUGAUGAUGGUGAAACCAGAUGGUUAGAGAGGUUUGUACCUUUCCUUUUCUAAUAUUUGCUGCCUUCCUAUCGACCUUCCUUUUUGCACGUAAGCUCUCCUUCGGAGGCAAAUAUCCUCCAAGCUCCAAAGUCGAAAACCGCUGGAGAAUUCCUCACAGAAAUGUGUUUACAGCAGUAUGAGAUUAUUUAACAACUUCUACUGCUCCGUUUAUGUCCAUCUGCUUUUAAUUUCUGUCACCAUGUGAUCUCAAUAAACAUUUGUCAACACACAGAUGAUCCUGACAUGAGCAGAAAAGCAGUCGGCAGGAUCCUUACCAGACAACUUACUGGUAGAGAGAUAGUCAAUCAGUUUUAUUUACAAAGCACUAAAACCAUUGCAUAUGCAUGUGUUGUUUAAAAACAAACAAAGAAAAAGAUUUUUAUCCUAAUUCCAGGUUUUGUGCUAAGGUACUGUUGCACCUUGUUCUCCUGUUUUGCCAGUCGUGUUAACGACACAUCUGAAUGCAAACACACAAGUGGGUGGGUGAAGCUGUGUGUCUUUCAACCUGACAGGGCUGGAAGCUAAUCUCUGCUGCAAACUGUCUCAAGUGUUUGUGCCCAAUGUUUGUCCAAAGCAGACAAACUGGUAUUCAAUCAGUCAUCAGGGUGAUAAUUGAAAUUGCACAGCUUGCACACUUUUCAACAUGUCUGCGGCUUUAAACACAUCAUAAUAGAUUAAAUUAACCUAUAUUUUCUCAUUCUGUGUGGCUUUCCGCUGUGUGUGGGUGGUUUCUGUGCGCUGUCACUAACAACUUGUAAUAUAAUUUUGGCAUCGGCAUCUGGACAGCCCGAAGAGAAAUGCAUGCAAAAGUUUGAUUCUGUUUUAUAACACGUAAUGUCGCCUUGCAGAAUUAAUGAAAACAUUUAUGCAUCUGAGACAAGGGUGGGAUAAACAUGUGACUUUUUAUUUGUAUAAGAUAUGGCUCAACAACUUGCAGAGAGCUGGGCACUGAUCUAAAAGAAAUAGCUUUUCUGAUCUAAUCUGAUGAACUUCCUCACAUUUUAUUACACUUUAAGGUUUUUAUUUAAUAAUUACGUAACUUCAAGGUGUUAUUGAUACCAGCUAGGCAGCAUUUGUGUUGAGGGGGAGGCCAGAAGAAUAUGGGGUAAAUAUUGAAGUUGGAGAGAGACAGGUGGAUGCAAACAAAAAGUAGAAGGAAACUGAAGGAAAUUGUUUUAGAAAUUACUUAUUGUAGAAUAGAAACAAGAGGACAGAAUGAAGACAGGAUGUAUAAUUUGACAAGCUUUGACAAAAAAAAUUGUGGUUUGUUUGACAGUUCGGAACUACAUGUUUAUGUUACAUUUCUUUGUUUUCCUUAUUUUUUAAUGGAAAAGGAGGAGCCAGAUGACAGAUUUUAAAUCCAAGACCAUUUGUAGAUUAUAUGCAUCACAUAUCACAUAAAAAAAUUGUAAAAGUGUCCUUUUAGAAGUGAUUUACCUAUUAUAAAAUCCAUGUGAAAUACAGUACACUACUGCCCCCUCAGGCACAACAGAGCCAAUGCAACCAAUUCACACUGGUUUCUGUACAUCUCUCUGGUGUGAUUUACACAUUAGUGCAACAAUCGUCGUGGGUUUUGUCUCAUCUUCCCACAUGGGAACAGAACAUUGGGUCCUGCUUAUCUACACAGUGCCUUAAAUGCAAUUAGCCACUCUCAGAAACGAUCACUUCUAAUACCCGCUGACACACAAAUCUCCAAUUCCUUUUUUUUUUUCCAUCCCCUUAAUCGUCACUGCAGAGACGGCCUUCGUGACCUGUUUUUUUCAAGGCUCCGCGUUCUCUUUUGGAUGCAUGACCGGGACGUGGAGAUGUUCUGAAACCAUCUGUGCCUUCUAACUAAAUGUCACUGGUAAUAGAGGGGUAAGAACAAACAGAUUCUCGUCUGUGAAAUCUGGAGGGCUGAUCUGUUCAAAGUCCAUAUGCUAAAUAUUCAAAUAGGAAGGGAGGAUCCAGAAGCAUGCAUUGCACAGCAAACGCCUUGAUGAAAUUAGCAGAAAAUGUUUGAAAAUUUAAAUCAAGACAGAGACACUGCCAACAUCUGCCCUGUAGAUAAAUUUGUCACACGAGUGUAAAAUGAUAACCAUCAUUUGACACACAAAGAACCUUCCCACAUAAAAAAAAAAAAAAAAAAAAUCGAAAGCACUCUGCUGAAGAGGUCCAUAUUUUCUCUUGAAAUCUAAAUGUUCCUCCCUCACUGGUUGGCGUCAAACUGAUGACACACCAGACAACAGAUAUAUGAGCGCCUUUGGACAACAUCAAUCGUAGGGCUCAAGAUAGAAGAACAUACCAAACUGAGUCACUGCUUUUGCUGGUCAACAUGGACAGAUACUUCUUGCCACUUAACUCAACCUCUAUUUCUGCACAAGUCCCUCGCAACACCACAGUCAAUGUCAACGCCACUGUUAAACAUUUCAGCGUGUUCGAUGGCUGCGAGAGGUACUUUGAGGGAGUUCUGUUUGACCUUACCUUACAAAUCGUCAAUGUAAUCGUGGGAAUACCUGCCAACUUGCUUGUCAUUGCAAUUCUUAUCCGCAAUCGCAAAGAUCCGUCCACUUCGGACCUGUUCCUGGGCUGUUUGGCCUUCAUGGAUGCCUACUUUGGCACCAUGACCCCCCUCAAUUUUUUAAAUCUUUACAUCUGGCAUAGCAAAGAGGUCUGGUUGGCCGUUAAGUUUUCCUUCGGCGUAAAAGACACCAGCGGCCCACUGUUUCUUUCUUGCAUCUGCCUGGAUCGAUUUGUGGCAGUGCUCUUUCCGAUCACGUUUGGGCAGCUGAAGCCCAUCAAAUACAGAUUAAGCCUCACACUGCUGGUGCUCUGCCUCACCUUUGCCUACUCUGCAGCCAAGAUGGUGGGCGGUUUUCCCAACUUCGAGAAGGUGUUCACUGGCGAAGUCCUUGCAACUUUUACCUGGAUGGUGGUCUGUAAUGUCAGCAUCUUAUGGGUCCUGAAGAAAUCUCGUGGCGUCGGGAAAGAUGACAUGCAUCCCAUGAAGAAGAAGGCUUUCAACAUGGUGCUCUCCAUCCUCCGUAUCAUUGUUUUCAACUAUUUGCCCCUUGUUGCACUGUUUCCGUUUGAAGAUCAUUACACCCACGAUGUGUUUCGUUGCUAUGUGCAGCCCGUUGGCUUCGCUUUUCUAAACAUUAGCAGCACUAUCCAACCACUUGUCUACUUGUCCCGUCUGGAGAAGGUUCCUUUCCUUCCAGAUGCUUGCAUUAAGAAGUUCACUUCCUGCAUCACCACAGAAAAAAAUAAUAAUAUAACCACACAAAAUCCGUCAGCUUAGAUUUGUAAGACUAUAUUAUUACACUAUGAAGACAAAAUAUAAUGUAAUGAAAUAGACUGAAGUUUUUUUUCCUCUAGAAAUGUGUUUAGAUCUAAUUUUAUUUUUCAUGUCAAGUAAAUAAAAAAGCAGUUUUGAGAAAAUGUGUAAUGAUAUAAUAAUAUAAGUUUAUUCAUUUCAGCUUGAUAUUGUAACAACUUCAUUAUGACCUGAAAUGUACUGGCAUGUAAUCAAUUUUACUCACAAGUCAAUUGUUUGGGUUUGGCGCCCUCUUGUGUAUGAAAAUAAACCAUAAAAAAAUAAAUGAUGUCAUUUAAAAUAUGA